AAAACUAGAAUACCCCCAUCAAGCGGCGCGUACUUAUCACCUUCCUCUCUCUCUCUCUCUCUCUCUCUCUCUGUACACACUUGUCUCCUCUGCUCCAAUUUUUUUGUCCGUUUCACUUUUUCUCUUUCUCUAAAUCUCCUCUCUCUUUCUAAAUCUGAACCCCAUUUCCUCAAAACUACAUUUUUUUUUUUUUCACAUUUUGUGAUCUUCACAGUUGUUUAAUUUUUUCAAGCCCUAAAAGAGGCUAAAAGAGUGGAGAAAUGGGGUGUGCGCAAUCGAGAAUAGAUAACGAAGAAUCAGUUUCGAGAUGCAAAGAGCGAAGAAACCUUAUGAAAGAAGCUGUUAACUAUCGCAACAUCUUUGCUGCUUCACAUUCUGCUUAUUCCAUUGCUUUGAAAAACACUGGUGCUGCUUUAAGUGACUAUGCUCAAGGUGAAACCCCACCUGACCCACCACCGCCACCUUCCUCGUCUGAGCCGCCCCCACCACCACCGCCGCCUUUGCCUACUAUGGAAGCUAGUCCUCUUCCACCACCACCUCCUCCUCCACCAGCUUUCUCCCCUUUAACUCCUUCGCUUCAACGCGCUUUUACUAUGCCUGAACUGUCGAAAUCUAGAGGGAGCAAAAUGAAAGGCAUUGCAAUUGAUGAACACAAUGAUGAUGAGGAAGUAGAGGAUGGUGGUUUGAAAAGGAGAGAAAAGAGAAAUGGGCUGGCGGAUGAGAAGCCUAUGACGGAGCCAACGCCACCCCCUCCGCCUCCAACAGGGGAGACGUGGGAUUACUUCUUUAAUGUGGAGGGACUUCCGGAACAUUCAUUAGAAGAAGUGGAGGAGGAGGAGGAAGAAGAAGAAGAAGAGGAGGAGGAGGAGGAGUUGCGCCAAGUGAAUAUCGAAAUUCAGAACAAAAGAUUUGACAAUGUGGGUAGAAAUGAGUAUGGAGAUGAUUCGUUCAAGACGCCAGAGAAGAAGGUGAGAGUGGAGAAUGAGGUUGAAGAGACCCCGAUGACAAUGGAUGAAACAGAGAGAGUGUUUAAGCAUUCAAACACAGCGCCUCCUGAGAUGAGAGGAGGAGGAGUAAUGGUGGGUGGUGGGAAUGUUGGGUACGGUAACAAUGCUGAUUUCUUUAGAGUUUUAGGUGACAUUGAUGAUCACUUCCUUAAAGCUUCCGAGAAUGCACAAGAGGUUUCAAAGAUGCUUGAGGCUACUCGAUUGCAUUACCACUCAAACUUUGCUGAUAAUCGAGGACAUAUUGACCAUGCAGCUCGGGUAAUGCAAGUCAUUACGUGGAACAAAUCAUUUAAGGGUGUACCUAGUGAUGGUAGUAAGGAUGAUUAUGACAUCGAUGAAUGUGAGACACAUGCCACCGUUUUGGACAAAUUGCUGGCGUGGGAGAAGAAACUUUAUGAUGAAAUGAAGGCUGGCGAGCUUGUAAAACAUGAAUAUCAGAGGAAAGUUGCCUUGCUAAACAAGCUGAAGAAACGGAAUGCUAGUUUGGAAUCUCUGGAAAAGACAAAGGCUGCUGUUAGCCAUUUGCAUACGCGAUAUAUAGUUGACAUGCAGUCAUUGGAUUCAACUGUUAGUGAAGUAAAUGACAUUCGUGACAAGCAGCUCUACCCUAAGCUGGCUACUCUUGUUCAAGGGAUGGUAAGCAUGUGGGAGUUCAUGUUUAGUCAUCACAAGAACCAGCUGCAGAUGGCUACUGAUCUCAAAGCCAUUGAGAUCUCCAGAUUCCCCUUAGAAACAAGCAAACACCAUCAUGAACGUACGAUUCAGCUUGGUAAUGUUGUCAAGGAAUGGCAUGAUCAUUUUGACAACCUUGUGAAAAAUCAAAAACUAUACAUCCAAACACUGUAUAACUGGUUGAAGCUAAAUCUCAUACCCAUUGAAAGCAGCCUAAAAGAAAAAAUCUCGUCACCUCCUCGAGCCCAGAAUCCCCCAAUUCAAGCCCUUCUCCACUCAUGGCAGGAGCUUCUUGAGAAGCUGCCUGAUGAGCUUGCCAAAAGUGCCAUUGCUUCCUUUGAAGCUGUGAUAAGGACCAUCAUUAUUCAUCAGGAGGAAGAGAUGAAGCUGAAGGAGAAGUGUGAGGAAACUAGAAAAGAAUACAUACGCAAAAGACAAGCAUUUGAAGAUUGGUACCAAAAGUAUAUGCAACGUAGAACUCCACCCGAUAUGACAGAUCCCGAUAGAGCUACAGAGUCCAACCCAAAAGAUCCCGUUGUGGAAAAGCAGUUGCUUGUGGAUACAUUGAAGAAGAGGUUGGACGAGGAGACAGAAGCUCACCAGAAGCACUGUAUUCAAGUUAGGGAGAAGUCAUUAGGGAGUCUCAAGAUCCGGUUGCCUGAGCUGUUCCGAGUUAUGUCGGAGUAUUCUUAUGCAUGUCUAGAGGCAUAUGGUCGAUUAAGAUUGAUCAUACAGUCAAAGCUCUCAAACGGGAGUUCGUAAGGGUCUUAGGCUUUUCUCUUACCCCUCCUCCCCUGUGAUCUUUUGUAGUAAAAUGUAAGUUAAACCUUGAUAAUGUCUUCUCUGCACUGCCGCCGAUGUUUUGCCACAUGUAUGAAAAGCGGCCUCUUAAUAUAUUUAUCCUGACCUCUUGAGCAGCA